CAAAGGAGGAGAGAGAAAGUGAGUGUGUGUGCAUGUGUGAGAGGGAGGGGGAGAGAGUAAAAGAUCCGAGGGAGACUCUCAGUCGGGUUCUGUGUGUGUACGCGGACCGGGAUCAGAGGCACGGACACUCACCCGGGAACAGGCUGGUCUGGUCCGGCCGAGGCCUGGCCCCCGUCCCGGGACCCCCUUGACUGUACCCGGGGAGGGGCAAGGGCAGGGCCAGACACCCAGUGAGGCGAGAGCCCCGGGGAACCCGAGCUGCCGCCAUCUUCUGGCUCUGGGGAACUCCUCACUUCCGUCUCCAUUGUGUCUGCUGUUUGUUUUUCUUUUAACUCCAGUGGUGAGUGGGACUGCAGAUGGAGCCAGAGGAGAGUGUUAUUGUAAUCAGCGAUACUGAAGGAGAGAAUGAUGGUGAAACCUCAGUGUUUAUUGUAGAAAAUUCUCCAGAAGUUGCUGAUGUAGCCAAGGAGAAAAGCACCGAAGUAAUUGAUGAAGAAUGCGGGCUUGCCAUUACAUACAGUAAAAAGGGCAAUGUGAUGCCACAUGCACGUUACGACUGUGUGGAGAAAGACUUUACGCGCACAGAAAAUGAGAUAUCGGAGCCUGUGGGCAACAAUUCAAAUUUCUGUGAGCAGUGCUAUUGUUACAUCUGUGACAAGCCUGCCUCUGAGUGCCAAUACUGGAAGCUUCCUUCAAUUUGCCAUUGCAAUGCUCACAAUAAAAGUACAUACUGGAAAGCACAUCGUGAUGUUGCACUAACCGGUGCGCUUUCAAUAUUCAAUUUCAACUUGGUUGACAUUGAUGCGGAGCUUCGACAUGGAGGAGCCUUAUUGCAGAAAUUUUGGUUAGAACUUGCCUUGGAAUAUAACAAGUAUUUGAUGGGGAUAAUAACCACUCGGAAUUGCCUGAUUCCAUGUAUUUGUAUUUGUCACAAACAAGUCAAAGUGUUCUGUGAAAUGUGCCAGAUGAACCAUGUUGAGAUCCGGUUGUACAGUUACACACCUGUGUUUAAUAUAGUGAACAACUUUCUGCAUCAGGCAGAGAAUGAGAAGUCGAAAGCAGCUGCCAUUAUGAUGAUCGGCGUUGCAAAGGAAAUUCUUCUGCACAAACAACCUCCGCAGGAAGUUUUCAACAAAGAUGACCAGACAUCAACUCCGAGACAGGCUGUUCCAUUAUUUAUGCGCAGAAUCACCCAUUCGUUACAGAGAAUGCUUGUAUUGAGUGAAUUCCCCCCUUACCUAUUUAACAAGCUGAAGGCCUUCUAUAAAACCCUUUCACUUCCUUCUUACUGCUAUGCCUUUACUAAUAGUCUUAAUGUACUGUCCUGGGAGGACCCUUUCCUGACCUCCAUCCUAAGGGGUCAAAAUAUCACUGGGCACCGACAGAAGAAAGGCAAGAAAGAAGUGUUAUGGGAGGAUCUCACUGUUGUGCACGCUCGGGUGGAAAGAAUGGAGACAAGAGAAGAGUACAGAGAAUUGGUCCGAUAUCUACGAGUGGUAAAAUGCAGUGACACAUUAAAGUUAAGAACCCUACAAGAUAAAAUUCCAUUCUACUUUUGCAAGUGUGGAGAUUUUCAUGCUGCUGCGCAGUCAUUUCAUUUAAACUCCAACCUUUCUUGCUGCACAGCCUGCCGCUUAACAUCUUACCAAUACAUGGUAUACUUAAAAAUUCUCAAGACUGGAACUGUCCCUGCUGGUUGUGAACUUUCAGAGGAAGGAAGAUGGAUAUUUGUUAAAGGUGCUAAUUUGAUAAAGGAUUGUUUACUACUAAAAUGUGCACUCAGGAUUCUCUUUGUGAAUGAAGUACUCUACAGAGGUGUUCACUGCUGGAGCAGACUGAUUCAAAUUCACUGCAAUUCAUUUACAUUGACAGAAGUGGUGCUACCGGCGCCACCUACUGUAUUUGUGAAAAGCACAGCUGUCCUUGCAGCAGCAAUCCUUGAAGAUCUGAAGAAUGGAAUCGUGGGCUUACCCAAAGCCUUUUCAUCUGUGCUUCGCAGGGAAUCUGCAUUAAUUCUUGUAACGGUGGCUGCUGCCCAGAUGUUGCAUAAGAAUCUCCCUGUGAUCAACAUUGUUCUGCCAUUAAUUGUAGCUUAUGGGAAGAAUUUCUGGGCUCUGAAACUCCUGUUCGACAGCCUGAGCAUGAAAGAAGACGUCUUGCACCAUUUCUGUGGCAUGUUGAGCAGCAAUAUUUAUGUAUAUAAAAGCAUGUUGAUUGAUGCGUUUAAGUGUCGUGAUGCAGACUAUGUUGCCGAUCUGGUGACCCUCUUCCUGUCUUUUAAACAAGCUACUAUCCAAUCCGUUAGCAUUCCUGUGCUCAACGUUCUUGUAGAGUCAUGGCACGAAUUCAAAAACAAGGAAUGUCUUUGGACACAAACACUCCACAGUUUUCUACAAAGUAAGGUUAUUCCAGCCAUGGAAUUGCUGAACACUGCCCCGUUUGUAGAGUUACGGAAUAAAUUAAACCAGCUAAUUUAAGAGAAAAAAAAUGUUGACUCAUUCUGGAACAUACCCAAAGCGAUGACCACUGGAAAAAGUGGAUUACAACAGCAAUGCUUAUUUGGAAACCGAUGAUUGACAUUUGCUCCUUACAUGACUUAUUACAAUGAUCAGAUAUCUCCAUUUUAAAUGAUCAUACAACCAUGAAAACUGCACACAAAUGGAAAUCCUGCAGUUUUUAAAAAAUAUCAGUCAGCUUUGACAUUAUUCCGCUGUUCGUAAAUAGAGUUUCCUUAAGGACAUCAACCCCUUUUUUAAAUUAGAAAACAAUUAAGAUAUUGGUGUUAAGGGGUCCAGUAAAUAAAAUUAUUUUCUUCCUAAUUAUUUAUCUUUCUGUGUUACCUGGUUAAAUAUAUUGUGCUCCAAUAGUCAGGGGCAUUUGAAAAAAAUGUGUAGGAAUUUGGGGUGUGGGGAGAUCCAAUUGGCCCAAUAAGAAAUUGCCUUAUAUUUACUUGAUAUUUUCUCUAAAAGCAGAAAAAAAACAAAGUACAGUAUGUAUAUACCUGGUUUCAUAGAAUUAACUUGUACAUAAAGCAGAUGUGACAAAGCUAAGGCCAAAUCUGCCAUUCUCAUUUCAGGCGCUCAUUAACUAACUUUGAGUGGGAAUCGUUCAUUGCUCUAAAUUAUUUUAGUAAUGUUUUCUAAUACUGGUAAGGACAGAUUGACUAGAAAGCCCAACUCAUUUUGUUUCAUUCAGUGCAUGAAGCUCAGCAUAUUGUAUACAACAGUGAUUGAUACUUGGUGCUGUGCAAAUAUAUCCUGGGGCAUUGUAAUUUUGUAGAAUCCUUUCGAGGAUCCUUUUUUCAUAUUUUUUUUUAAAAGUUGUAUUGGCUAAAAUUGUAAUACAGAAUGUUCACUUUAUAUUGACUUAAAUCUGCCUUUCUGCAACCCUCUGUUAGUGAAGGGGUGGUCCCUAUCUGCAGAGCAAUGCUGCGUGCACCAUUUUGACACUUGUUUCCUGAUCUUCAUUUGGCCUUUUCCAUUUAAUUCUCCCUUAACACUGCAAUAUAGAAUAGUCAGUUAAAGUUUGCCUUUGAAAAUUUUUAAAAAUACUGUAUUGAGAUUUUCCAAAACUUGUGAUUUCUAUUUUUGAAUAGUUUUUUUGUGCUCAGAACACCAUAUUUGUAUCGAUCUGAUUUGAGUUUACAUUUUCUUUCAGUCAAGGUUCUGCAAAAUGAAUUUACUAACUUGGUGCCUUCCAUAAUUAAAGGAUAUUCUGUGAUGAGGACUUUUUAAGAGAAUGACAUCUUUAACCUUUAGAAAAAUACAUGUGCAACUUGUUUUUAUUAUGUGCCGCAGAAUAUCUUUUAAUACCUCUAUGUUUUGUGGUUGCUGGCAGCCUCUGCAUAUGGGUGUGGCAUACCAGCCUUCAGUGCCGUAUUAUUUUUUGGUAUUGGUACAGUAACAAAACCUGGGCCUGCUUGCAAAAAGAAAACCCUUAGCUACAGGAGGUCAAACUUGCAAUUGAUAUCUUAAAAAAAACUUGUUUCAAUCUUUUAUAGGGAAACCUUGUAUAUUUUUCUACAGGUUCUGUGACAUUCAUGUCUUUUUAAAAUCUGUUUUUCAAUGUAUUCAUUUAAUAAAUUUCUUCAGAAAAUCUGCA